AUUAUUUUAUUUUUGGCGAAUCUUUGGUUUGUCUAUACAGUAUUAAAUCAUAAACCUACCAUUGAAUCCUUUCAUCUGGGUUUAUUCAAAAUCAAAAGGGGAUUAGGGUUUGCAGAGAAAGGGAUUAGUCUUGUUCAACCAACCACCGAUCCAAAAUUCAACAAAGGUCCAAACUCUGUCUGUCUCCCAGAGAGUUCAAAGGCAAUCAUAUCAUCAGAUCCUGGUUUUACAAUCAACUGCGAUGUCCAAGUCGAAGAAGCAACGAUCAUGGAUUCCAACAGAAAAGUGCGACAGGGUUAGCUCCCUUCCAGACUCAAUUAUCUGUCAUAUUCUCUCCUUUCUCCCAACCAAAGACACUGUCGCCACAAGCAUCCUCUCAAAGAGGUGGAACCCAUUGUGGCUCUCAGUCUUCACCCUCGAUUUCACCGAGCACACCUUAGCCCCUAUUUGUCGUCGUGUACGCUCAGUCAUGCUAUCACGUGACAACACCCUGCCAAUCAGAUCAUUCCGCCUCAAAUGUUGUGUGGUAUCAUACAACGAACCCAACAAUGUCGCUCGACUUAUUAUUGCAGCAAUACAAAGACAAACUGAAACCCUUGAACUAAGUAUGUAUUUUUAUCCUUUAGACAUGAAAUUAGCUUCCAAAAUAUUCACCUGUAGGACGCUUACUGUUCUCAAAUUAAACAACCUUACAAUCGUUGACAAAAUUCCUCAGAUAACUAAUAAUACUAUUUCACGGCUCAAAACUCUCCACUUAGAUUGUGUUCAUUUCAUGACUCGUACGCUUAUCAUUGACUUUCUCUUUUCCUUUCCCAUUCUAGAGGAAUUGCGGGUAAAUAAUGAUCUAUUUAUUAUAGAGGAAACGUUAGUAAAUCAUCCAUUUAACCUUACUUAUAAUAAUGCUGUUCCAAUAAAAGCAGACAAGAUCAAAUGCUUGCCCAAUUUGGUGACAGCCAAGCUUUAUGAUAGCGAACCUAUUCCUCUCUUCUUGCUUUCCAGUGCAGUCAGUCUCAGUAUAAAGAUGACAUGGACCCACUAUGUCCAGGUCCCCAUUUUUUACAAUCUAACUCAAAUGGAGCUAUUCUCUAACUUAGCUGGUAAAAGUUGGCCUAAGAAGUGGACGUGGAUGCUAGAAAUGCUUCAAAACAGUCCAAAGCUUCAACAUCUUAUCAUUUACGAGGAGAUUGAAAAUAGGAUAGACGAUGAUGAUGACGACAUUUGGGAGGACCCAAAAAUUGUUCCGGAAUGCCUUUCAUCUAAGCUCAAAACUUGCCUGUUUAAAAAUUACAGAGGCAAAAAGUGCGAGCUUCAAUUUGCAGAUUAUGUUAUGCGCAGUUCAAAAGUAUUAACCAAGAUGACAAUUCACUGUGUCUGUUCCACAGAUAUAAAUGCAAAGUACCAGAUGUUACAGAAAUUGUCUUUGUGUCUAAGGGGAUGUAAACUUAUCUUUGAAUGAUAAGGGUAGGCUAGGAUCUAUAUAAUUAUAUAUCGUGAGUCGAUGGUGUUUGUAAGACAAUAACUCUGCCUUAUUUUGCCCUCUAUGUCGUAUACGUUUUCAAUUAUGUAUUGGUUUUCAUGCAACUAAAAUCCAUUCUUGCUCCUCUCGACUUUUACUUUU